AUGAAUACAACAAUCGUCGAUCAAAAUCCAAUACAAUUUCCACGGUCAACUAUAACGCUCCCACCGUUUGUUCCGACAUUAAUGUCUUAUCGAUGGAAUGAUGAAGAUGACUGUGAACCCUUGGCUAAAAAGUCGUCGGGUAAUAAUCUGAAUCCUCAUCGUCCUUAUCAACAUGUUCGUCGACGAAUACCAAAACGUUACAGUAAUAUCGUGGGCUCAUUUGAAACAAAACGAAAGGAUUCAAUAGUCCAUUCCGUGCCUCAACUAAAAUAUUCACCAACAAAUAUUUCCUCUCGGCCUGUCUCAAAAUCUAAAAAUGAAAUAACAAAUUGCUUUAAUUUGCAUAGAAGAAAAUCUCAUGGAGCAAAAGAUUACCACGAUAAUCAUACAACAAAACAUGAUGAUAUUCUUGCUCAUCGUAUGCAAGCAGCCAUGAGUAGUGAAUUGAUGCACUCGCUUGAUCGAAAUUUUGUUUUUAGCAAUUUUAAACAAUCGAUACCUAAUUCACCAAUGGUACGUUCAUAUUCAUUGAAUAUUUGCACAUGUUGGAAUGAAAAAUCUGACGAAAACUCUUGUGAUCCUGAUAGAAGUGGGCAAGAUAAAAUUGAUUCUACUAAAGAAAUUAUUUCUAUUGAAAUACCAACACCCGAUUAUGAUGAAAUCAAUGAAGAUAUUAUUAUAAAAACAAUUAAAAAUGAUAUUAACACAAGUGAAGAACCCAUCGCCGAUUAUGAUGAUUCAAAACCAACGAUUAAAUUUGAAUCCGAUUUUAAAUCAUCCGAACAAUCUACUCUUGAUAUUUUAUCAUCGUAUACUAGGCCGCCAGAAUUAACAGUUAAGAGUCAAGAAGACACAUUUACACCGCCAUUACCUCCACCAUUACCUAAUCUGUAUAUACAACACAAAGAGAACACACUUUACUGUCGUACUAUUGCCGAUAGUCUAUCAGCUGAUCAUAAACUUAUUCUUAAAGAUGAACACGACGAAGAAGAAUAUUUAAAAGAAUCAGAAUCACCCAAAUCCUCUUCUCAAAUUCAAUUAAAAUAUCAUUAUAUUAAUGCGCCAAAAAAUUUAUCAUAUCGUAAAAUUGGUCAAUCAUUAUCAUGUUCAAAUCUGUCCGAUGCUUCAAUGACACAAAUAACGAAUAAUGAGGCAAACUUAACCAUGCUAUUUACAAAUCCAUCUGUAACCGAUGAGAAAAUUCUCGAUCGCAUAUCAUUAUCAUCACCGGGAACAUCAAUUGAGAUCAAUCAUGAAAACCGCUCAUCAUCGUCAAAAAUUUAUAAUGAUUAUAAACAGCAAGCUUCGACAACAAGUCUAAUAACAAGUACCAUUCCUAGUCAUUCAAUUAUAAUCAAACCAGUGCAUACACAUUUUGGAUUGCGUUCAUCGACAUCAUCAGGACCAACCAAUGAAAAAUUGUUAGACAUGACUUUAUCAAGCAAACAAAUGAACGUGUGCGUUAUUAAUCAACUCAAUGAACAUUUAUCAACACGCUUCCGUAGACAACAAAAAGAGCUAUGUUCAAACAAUAAUAACAGGAAUAAUAAUAAUACUAUUGUUAAUAAUCAUUCCAGCGAUGAUCUAACACAAGAAUAUAUGUCUGGUAAUAAUAGCAUUCAAUCGAAUAUUUACGAUGAGCCAAAAGAUCUGCCAGAAAUUACUUCAGUCUGUCCGACUCCUCCACCACCACCACCACCGCCACCGCCACCAUUACCUGCUGGUGGUUUUCCUCCAAUAAUACCGUCUAUAAAUCGUUCAUUUUCGUGUCAACGAGCUUCUACAAUGACAUUACCACGCGAAUCAAUUAAUUCGAAUAUACCCUCUAGUACUGUGACACCAACAAUACCAAGUAAUUUGUCUGAUACUCGCAUUUUGCGAGAAUUACGUGAAAAUCCAUUAUUUACACGUGCAAAAGAACAACUUGAAAUUGAACCUGGUUCGAACGGUCGACGAUCCGGUCGUCGGCUAAUAGGAUCAACCACUAAACUAGCUAAUACGGAAACAAUAGCUAAUGAUACUGUAGCUUAUGUUCGAUUAGAUAACUAUUCGAACAUAAAUAUGAAAAAAGUAACCAAUGAAAGUUCAACUUCACAACAACAAUCAGAAACAAUAAUUAUAAAUUCAGAUGAACUAAAUUCUAUACUUGGAAAACGAGCGAAAUCCAUGAAUGAAAUGAACAUAGUAAAAUCUCGCCCCUGUUCAAAAUCUUCACUACAAGCGCAAUAUCGACAAUCUGAACUUGAACUGAUUUUUCAAAAGCGUGCGCAACGAAUCGAACAAAAACUAAAAUGA